AAACAACUGCCAUUUUGUGUUAAUUGUCAAAAGCUUGUUUUGAUAGUGAAUUUCCUUGCUGUUUUUAUCCAUUUUAAAGAGACUAUAUAUUCAAUCGCAAUAAAAUGGUGCAGCAGUGCUAUUUGUGUAAAAUUUAUAAACACCAGGCUGGAGCGAAAUCUUUAACAUUUCAUUCCCUUCCCAAGAACCGGGAAAGGAGAAAAAGGUGGUUGUCGGCCCUUGGAUUCGUCGAAAACCAUCAAUUUCCUAAGAGGGUGAAGCUAUGUUCCAAGCAUUUUGGAGAAAAUGCCUUUGUUUACGGAAGUGAGGGACAAAAGACACUCAAGUGGGAUGCGAUUCCUCUCAUUCUUUGUUUGAUCCUGCAGAUUCUAUUCAUAGCACUUAUUUAUUUGUUGUUUACAGGUUAUUCAUGGAUGAAGAGAUGUAUAACUUGCGUGGCCCAUCACAUGAAGAGCAAUAUGUCCAUACUUCCUCAACAUUAUCAGCAUCAGAAGGUGAUAGUCCUGCUAAAACUGCUGGAGUACAAGAACAUAUGCUUGAUAAGAAAAAAAAGAAAGAGGAUUUUGUAUCCUGCCCACUCAACAGAGUUCACGAAGGUAUUCCAAUUGAACUAGAUAUUGCACAAAUAUGAGUAAUAUAUUUAUUACUACACAAUGUUACUUCGUACCGUUUUUUUUGUGAUAC